UUUUCAGACCAACGAUCUCAAUGACAAUACCUAUCCCUAUUAGCAUAUUAAUUUUAUUACUAGUUUUCAUCCCAACUACCACUACUAUUGAUUUAACCUCAAUAUCUUCGCCCCGUGGACCAUUCCGUACUAGUUAUGUAUUUAUGACACUUUACAAUAAACGGACUGGAGAACGAUCGAAGUCAUGUGUGAAUUAUCAACAAUAUCUACGAACAGACACAUCAUCGAACAUUGUUGCGUAUGAUUUCGAAUCAGCUCAUCCAUUCAAUUUAAAGUUUUGGGAAGCAAUGUACAAUAGAACGAAUAUAUGUCCAUUACCAUCAGACAAAGCUGAUAAGAUAUAUUAUUAUAAUCAAGUUAUUCCUCUAGAUUAUCGGAUUAAAGAUGACGGAACUCCAUGCUCAAAAAGGUUCAGCAAAAGCCAAACCGCUUUCCGGAACGCGAGCCAGUUCACUGUUGACGUUCUUAAAGAUCAUCGUGCGGGUGCCUCACUUCUUGUUUUGGAUAAAGGAGCAAAAUUUGUUCAAGGAUGGAAAGAUUAUUUAUUCUCUGAUUUCUACGAUCCUUACAUCAACAGCGAAACCGCGAUUCCAACUUUUUAUAUCUAUAGAUCAGUUUUGGAAGAAAAAAUUAUGAAAUUUGCUCCCCACAAUGAUAUUUCUGAUGAUCAAGUUGAAAUUCGGUUCCAUCGUCCAUCGGGUGGUCCAUUUGAUGCAUCAUUUGCAAUUAUUUGGAUGAUAUCAAUGACGUGUGUGGCUGGUGGAGGAAUCUGGGCUUUCAACAGACAUCGCGCUGGAAAGGAUGUCACAUUAGCAUCACAAUCAGUUGAUGAUGACACAUCUUCACCAUCAAACGAUUCAGAGACCAAGGGAUUCCUGGAUAGAUUUGGUGGAAUCAUAACUAUUUGUCUUAUGAUGACCACAUUAUGUGGUGUUCUCCUCCUUGGUUACUUCUUCCGACCUGUAUUAGUAAUUUUCUUCAACAUCUUUCUCGUAAUCUUCGGCACAUGCAGUCUCUACGGAUGUAUACGUGGAUUUCUGUCCAAUUUUAAGUUUGUUGGACACAGAUGGUACAAUGCCAAAAUGGAAUGGUUUCCGACUUGUGGAGGACGUAUCCAUCAAUACAAAUACUCGGAAGCCUUCAUUGGUAUCAUUUGUCUAUCAUUCUGUGUUACUUGGUUCAUAAUUCGCCGUCAACCAUAUGCAUUCAUUCUUCUCGAUGUAAUUAAUAUGGCUCUUUGUAUGCAUGUACUUAAAUGUCUUCGACUACCAAGUUUAAAAUGGAUUUCAAUUCUGAUGCUCUGUAUGUUCGUGUAUGACGCUUUUAUGGUCUUUGGUACACCAUAUAUGACAACGAAUGGAUGCUCAGUGAUGCUUGAGGUGGCAACUGGACUGAGCUGUGCUGCGAAAGGAAAAAACAAAGGAUAUCCUGUUCCACCAAUUGAGCAAGAAUCUGUUCCUGAGAAGUUCCCAAUGCUCAUGCAAGUUGCACAUUUUAAUCCGAUGAACGAGUGUUUAGACAUGGAAAUAGAAUUAGGUUUCCAAUUCACUAUUCUGGGACUUGGCGAUAUCGUUAUGCCAGGCUACCUCGUUGCUCACUGCUUCACAAUGAAUGGAUUCUCUGAACGAGUUCGCCUGAUCUACGGAUUCAUUUCUGUUGUCGGAUACGGUAUCGGACUCAUUGUGACCUUCUUAGCUCUCGCAUUGAUGAAAACUGCCCAACCUGCUUUGAUCUAUCUUGUCCCAUCGACACUGUUCCCGAUCAUCAUGCUCGCACUUUGUCGUGGAGAAUUCCUCAAAAUUUGGAAUGGAGUUCCAGUGGAAUGUUCACCAUUGGUGAGCGACAGAAAUGACUUGCAAGGAAAAAAAUGGAGUGCUUCUGAACACGGCAUUACUAAAUUGAUCAAUUCUUCUUCUUCUCCUGAUGAUACAAUGGAAGACAUCGAAUCAAACGCUGUAAUCGAUCAAUCCAACUCUUCUAGUCAACAAAAUCCUCCUGUAAACGUGUAAAUCAACUGAAAUCUCUUCCCCAAUGUCUUUUCGAGAAGAAUUGAAAUUUGCCUUUUCAAAAGUUCAAUCAAACUCUAACCGUUUUUAAAUAUUCAAAUUAACGAGCCACAUUCAUAUUCUUGUAAAAUCGAUGGUUGUUCUGUGUAAAUUUUCACGUAGGUAUGUAUCUUUCUUAUUCAAGUUUUCCAUAAUUGUUUCUUCCUAGUACGAGUACCCCACUUUUGUCCAUUCUUAUUUCAAUUUUACACACAUAAUUAUUUCUAUUCAAAAUAGAAUUUUUCCGAUCGUUCCUCUCGAAAUGAAAAUUUAUGAUCGAAUC